AUGACCAGUAAUUGGACUUUUUCUUAUUCAGCAACUUUCACUUACGACGUCAGACACAAAGAUUACCAAAUUUUACAUUCAUAUGGAAUUGAAAUAUAUUAUAAAAUUGAUGGAGGCGGUCAAAGUUAUCUUUUUUCAAGAUCAAAUGGUGUUUGGACCAUUGGUGAGUUUGAGUUUAAGUUACUUUACGAAAACGUUGAAAGCAGUGACUACAUCAACAUCAUAUAUGAUGUCACAAACAAAGGAACUAGAUCUCACUCACUUGGUAUUUCAUCUUAUGCAGGACUUUAUAUUGAUAACCACGGAACUAGCACUGUCAUUAAUCCGCUUGAAGGAAAUUUCGGAUUUGAAGGAAUCUACAAUGAUCAUUCAGCGAAAUUCAUCCUUCGAGGAACAGAAAGAGUCACUGAUGUUGAUACAAUUUUUUAUUAUAGAACUAACAGUGAUUCUACUCUUGGUAAUUUAUGGAAAAAUCGAAGUAGUUAUGAUACUAAACCAGUUGGAAUUGAUUCAUGGUUUGCAUUUAGUUGGCAAAACAGAAAUUUUGAACCACAAGAAGAGAAAAAGUUUUCAUUUUUGAUUGGAAGAGGAGAAUACAUCGACAACUACAAAAUAACACUGAAAACACCAGUCAAAGAUUUCUAUCCUCUUAUAUCAGCAAUUCGAAACGAAGUCAGUGUCAGUUCAGUGAAAGAAGGCGUCAAAGUUGAAUUGUUCCGAAGUACAGACGGUGUCAACGAAGAAAAGAUUGACUCAUUCACUGACAACGGCUCUUCACGCGAGAUCAUCGACUCUGCUCCAAACAUCCCAUCUAGUGGCUGGCACACAAUCAAAUACCAUCUGACUUCAGACAAGUUCCCCCCUGUCUACUAUUCGUUCAGAGUUUUGUCGACUGAUAAACCAGAACUAGAAGUUGAAGGAGAUGUCAAAACUGAGUACUUUGCAAACGAAGUUUUCCCUUUGAAGGUAACAAUUUAUGACGAUUCGACUGUUUUUCUGAUAACAAGAGAAGAUGACACGGUUUUAGAGAACGAAAAAGUCAUUUGUAAUGGUGAAUCUAUUACCAAAACUAUAAACAUAACAAUUCCCAAUGACCGAGUUGACACUGUCCAUGUGUUUAGGAUUAGACUGAGGGAUGAGUUCAAUAUCGAGUCUGAUGAAUUCAGUUUCACGUACAAAGUUGUUGAGGUUCGCCCUGACAUUGUCUUAUCCAGAGCUCUGAGACUUUAUUAUAAUGUUUUGUCUUCUAUUGAAGUAUCAGGAAGAUUCAGGAAUUUCCUUGGUCCGACAGAACUUUGUUUGUUUACUUCUAUCAAUGGAAGUUCUCCUUCAAAUCAAAAGUGUGAAAGUGUUUCAGACAAUCAGUUUCACGAUUUCCGAUUCUACUACAAAAUCACAUCCUCCAUUGAUAGUAUUAACAAUCUUACCAUUUAUUGCCUUAACUCAGAUCAAACGAAAUCAAAUGUUAUCUUUCAUGAAUUUGGUGUCGUAUCUAGAAUUUUCUUAAUCAAUCAUCAAACUUGUUACAAAUCAUAUUUUUCUUUUAAUGGAUAUUCUGUAUUAUAUAUUUUGAUAAAUGUUAAAAAAUAA